CAUGUAGGAUAGCACACGACAAUCUGCGAACGGUUCCACUCAUUGGCUGCAAGGAAAAUGGGCAUCCUGUUCUCAUCGAUUUUCGGAUCCCUCUUCGGGAACAAGGAGGUGAGGAUCCUCAUCCUUGGUCUGGACAAUGCGGGAAAGACGACCAUCCUGUACCGGCUCCAGGUUGAUGAGGUUGUGCAGACCAUCCCCACCAUAGGCUUCAACGUAGAGACGGUUCAGUACAAAAACAUCAAGUUCCAAGUGUGGGACCUGGGUGGGCAGACAAGCAUCCGGCCAUACUGGAGGUGUUACUAUCCGAACACCAAUGCCAUCAUCUACGUGGUGGAUUCUGCGGACCCAGAUCGCAUUGGCGACUCCAAGGAGGAGUUGCGACUGAUGUUGGAGGAGGAAGAGCUGAAAGGUGUCACCCUGCUGGUGCUUGCGAACAAGCAGGACCUUCCAGGUGCCCUGAGUGCUGCGGAGGUCUCAGAAUCGUUGGGCCUGACAGCAAUCAGGAAUCGGCAAUGGGCGAUCUUUCAGACGUCAGCUCUGAAGGGAUCUGGCAUCAAUGAAGGUCUUGAUUGGCUCGUGAGUGUCUUGUCCAGUAGCUGAGCCUGCUGGAAUCUGCUGGAGCUGGUUGCGAAGCCCCGAAAAGUGGGCCGCGGCCGAGGGUUGGUUUAGGGGGGAUGGC